AUGAUUAGUAAAUUGGAAAUAUUACCAAACGAAAUAUUUUUUAAUAUAUUUUCUCAUUUAUUAUGGAACGAUAUAUUAACAUCAUUUUGGUCAUUAAAUAAACGAUUUAAUUCACUUAUUUGUUUAAAUUUUUCAAUAAAUAAUUGUGGAAUUAUUAUUAAUAAAACAAGUUUAUCUUAUAAAAUAUUUUUAUCAAAAUUAUUUCCAUUAAUUUCUAAUUGUUCGUCUCUCAUUAAUUCUAUUCGACAUAUUCAUUUAGAUGGAAGAUGCCCAAAUAGUUAUGAAUUUAUUAAUAAGAAUCGUUGUAUUUAUAAUUAUCCUAAUCUUAAAUCACUUGUUCUUGAUCGAUUUUAUUUAUCUGAAUUAUUAAUCAAUAAUUUGUGUUUUCUUAUUCAAGGCCAAUUGAACAAACUUACAAUGAUCUUAGAUGAAGAUGUUUGUACAAUAUUUGAAUCUGAAGAGGAACCUUUGAUAAGGGUUGCCAGUCAAACAAAAUAUUGCUGUGGAAAACUUCGUUAUGUAGAGAUUCGUCUACAUUAUGCAUGUUUUAUUGAAUAUCUUAUUGAACAUGCACCCAAUAUUGAACGAUUAUCGGUUUAUCUCAAGACAUCAUGGAACAGAUAUCAAUUAUCGGAUUUGUCAAGUGAAAAAUUUGAACAAUCGAAUACAACCUCGUCUAAUAAAAGUACUGUUGAUUAUGAUGGUCAAUUAUAUUAUUUAAAAUGGUUUUUUAACAAUUUAAAUAGUGUUGAAAAUAUCAAAAUUCGUCUUAAGAUAGAUGGAACUUGUGAGAAAAAUCCAAUAAUAUAUGGAUCUAUUGUUGAUGCAAACUUUAUUUGGAAAUAUUUAAUGAGUGAUACAAUAAUCAAUUUAAUUCAUUUUGAUUUUUAUAUUGUUUCCAAAUCAUACAAUGAAAAACUCGUCGAUCUAAAUACAGAACGUGCAAAAAUACUUGCUCGUAUCAUUUCAAUGCCCGUUCAACUCAAUUAUCUUCGGAUCAAAAAUUUUCAAUGGCUUUUACAUCUUGUUGAAUACGCGUUUGAUGAAUUAAAAGAGAAUGCAUUAAGCAACGUGAGGUACACGGAAUUUUCUCUUCCAAGUUGUCGUUUUGGCACAAAUGAAUCAAUUCAUCUUGGAAAAUAUCUUGUACCUUUUCUUAGUAAAUAUAUGCCUUAUCUACAAACGUUGUGUCUUUGGAGACCAGAUGAUUUUCCUUGGUCAUCAAUUCGACCAGAUUUUAAUCGAACACAUUAUAGACUUUUAGCUCAACGAUGGUCAAAAUCUUUAAAAACAGUUGAAUCGAUUAAUAAACAUGUAACUCUUUUUGAAAAUGAUCUUUCUCAAUUAGUCGAACAAUUGAAACAAUUUGUUUAUCUGAAUAUUUAUGGCUAUAUCAAUGAUGAAAAAGUCGAACCUUAUCGAUUGAUGAUUCAAAAACGUUUUCCUAAUAGUUAUUUCUCUAUUGAAAAAUCAAGAUUUCGUCUUUGGAUAUAA